AUGGAUAUCAAUACUCAGCAGCGUAGCCUUGAUUUCUCAAGCGAUAAUACUGACUAUAGGCCUCGAACAGAGUCUAGUGGCAUUACAGUGAACAUUGCUGAAAACUAUUCAGAUACUUCGGGCAGUGUUAAUAUUACUGCUUUGGAUGCACUCUUGUCAAGACAGUCGAGAACACUGGACGAUGCUAAACACAAGUACCGACUUAAACUAAAGAGAUCACCCCCAAAAGGAUACGCUGAAUGGUUCAAUAACGCUCAACAAAAACGCUGCAUCAUUGACGACUAUGAUAUGAUUUGGGAAGAUUUGGCACCUUAUCAUCAACUUGGCGGUGAUGAGUUUCGUCGUCGCAUGGCAAUUCUCAAAGAAAAUGCAACCCAGACAUUUCAAGUCAAGAUUAAAAAUGGAUUGCCAAGUGGUGGAGAGGUUUGGGAUAUACUCUUGAAAAAUUCUAUCAAGUCCGUUCCAAAUAUGAACAUUUACAUCAAUAGCUUGGAUGAACCACGCAUUUUGUUCAACAUGGAUCGCGAUGGUCCUGCAAUCAUGACAAACACCAUCUCAAAAAAGAUUCGAGAUAUUGUAGAUGAAAAGCCAAACUGGUUUACUGCAGCUGGGCAAGCUCAUCUUGAUCUGAUGAAAGAUCUCUGCCAUCUUCACAGUCCACUCCAACCACUCCAGCAGCCACACGAGUUUCAUGGAUAUCUGCAAUGGCCCAUGUCAUCACUAUACUCUAGAAAUCUACUUCCUAUUAUCUCACAAGCACGUAUUUCAAACUGCUUUAGAGAUAUCUUGAUUCCGUCAAUUUAUUAUUAUUAUACUUAUGCUGGAGGCUAUCCAUGGCAGAAUAGACUACCCAAAGCAUACUGGCGUGGAUCAACAACUGGUGGAUGGAAUCAGAAUGGGAAUUGGAAAACAUCACAUCGGUUCCGUCUAAUGACGCUUGUAUCUCAUAGGCCAGAUCUAUAUAACGUUGCAUUUACAAAAGCAGUUCAGUGCCAUUCAAAUGAUUGUCUGAAGCUCAGUAAAGAAUACAAAACAGUCAGCCACGAGUCAUUCGAGACUGUAUACAAGUACAAAUACGCUUUGGAUGUGGACGGAAACACAUUUAGUGGUAGAUUUUUCAGGCUACUCGAAUCUCAGACUCUAGUAUUCAAAGCUACCAUCUUUGAUGAAUUUUUCCAAAGAUGGAUUGUUCCAUGGGAACAUUAUAUUCCAAUUGAAAUGGAUUUUAGUGAUCUGGAUCAAAAGAUUGAAUGGGCCAAAAACAAUGAUGACAAGGCCAGACGUAUUGCCGAAAAUGGACGACGAUUUGCUGAGCGUAUUCUCAACAAACCUCAGAUGGAAUGCUACACAGAGUUGCUGUUGCUGGAAAUGGCGCAUUUAAUGCAUAACAUGCAAUAAAUAUCAUUAAUAAGACCAUU